AAAACUCUCUUCAGGCGCACGUGUCCCGAUUUAACUUUAAUAGCUCCCUCGACAUAGGUCUAAUUUUGAAAAUCUUCAUCUAAAAGCCCCAGGGAGCUCUGGACAUUGCGGAAGGUUCACUUCUGAUUCCUCCGGAAGGGUAGCAAAAUCUCAAUCGAGAAUCACUAUGAGGAACUUUUCAAGCUUUCCUGAGAAAUUCAGCGCUGCUAAAACCAAACCUAUGCUUCUUAUCAUUUCCUGCCUCAUUCUUUGCGGAGCACUGAGAGCUCUGUGCGCUUUAGUCAAUUCAGCCGAGCUACCCCAUAUGGCAUCGGUGGAUCGCACCCCGUUGCUUCUGUCGCAUUCGGAAGCAGAUAUCGAGCCCCUAGAAGGAGCUGAGUUGAGAAAUGCUGUUGGCGCGGCCAAAGUUUCACCUCAAUCCAGCCUCUGGCAAUCUGCUUCAAGGAAAAUACGCGCUUACAAAAUCUUUCCGAGAAUGCGUAAGAAAACCUCUACAGGAAAUAUUUACUGUGGUGAUCUUACCAUGGAUGAAUUGAUGGAAGAAUUUGCAAAGCUUCCGCAGUUGGAAGGGAAGAUUGAUGGGAUUCCAAGCCGAGAUAAAAUUGCGAAAUUGUCCCGAAAGAAACGGAGACUUGCACUAGCCACAAUCCCACAAGAAUGCAAGAAAGAAGAAUCGUAUCGAAUCAUCAACAACAUAGUCUUCCCUUACCACGUAGUCUAUAUCUAUCUACUCACCAAGCAUUGGAAAGAUACCAAGGAUGAGGACGGGCUCAAGGAGAUGGUGAAACUGGCUCUUGUUCGUCUGUUGAAUAUUUACAAAUCUUCAUACAUCAAUGACUUUGAUUUAAGUUCAGCAGCAGAGGCAGCUUUCAGCUGCAUCGUCAAAGAGAAUCCAGAUAUCUUGAAGGAUGAUCUAGGGGAUACUGAUAAUGCCUUAUAUGAAUUAACCAUUAGCAGAUACAUGCAGCUUCUUGAUUACAAAUGA